GAUUCAAGAUUGUGCUGAAGCCUUCGGCGGUACCGUGAUGGAGAGCCGAUGCAUGGACUGGCCUUGAUUGAGAAGCCGCAAGACGGCGGCCUCUAUGCACCUCACAUGGUGGGACUCUGAAAUUUGUGGCGCGAUGGAGAGGAAGUCGCGAGAGUGCGGGUAUGAAAUUUCGGUUGUGACGCAUCCCAACCGACGAACCUGUCCGCAUCGCGUGGACGCAGGCAGCAGCAUCCGCCAGUCCGAUGCUUGGAAUCAAGCGUGCAUGCAUGCAUCUCACGGCUCACCUAGGCUCUUCGCCAGACCGCCGCCAGGCAGGCAACGCACAUCAACCACAGAGGUGGCACUAGCUGCGACUGCGCUCCUUUGCGCUCGUGAUUACCACACCAACCUCUACAUGUCUCACACGCUUGUCUUGCUUUGUGAUCGAGCACAGCAGCUAGGACGUGGCCAGCCCGCGCGCACGCUCACCACCCACAACUCACGACCGACUGCUGGCCACGACCGCGCCUGCCGCUUCACUCCCGCAAGGCGUCUCGAAGUACUGCGUGCCGAUUCAUGCGCCAUGUCAUCUCACCCUGCCCUUCCCUUCACCUUCGUUUCGACCAAGCCCACCUUUCUCAGCGCUUGCUCCUAUGCCCAAACGCCUAGUUAGGCCAUCUGCCCUAUUCAGAUCUUGGCGCCCUCGUCCAUUCGUCACUGCAUUGCAACGCUGGCCUCCAGUACCGCCUCAUGGACACUACUACUGUACCAGUACCGGUGUGCCACUUCAAGGAAAAUUCAUGCUCCGCAUCGGGCUUUGU